UCGACACAGCCUUCUCCCGCGUGGUGGCGACAGAAGCUAAGCCACGGACGCGGUGUUGGCUGUUGCAUUCAAAACAUUUUGAGUUUUAUGUUUAAAUUAAACAUGACCUUCGACAUAAUUUUGGAAAUAUAGAGUUUUUACUUUUACAGACUACCGACGUACAAAACUGUAAAGCAGAAGAUCAUUCAAACUAAGAAGGCAUGACUAUGAAUUCAUAAACCUGAGUGUUAAUAAGGAAAUGGCUGUGAUAUGGACUGUAAAGGCAAUUGGCCUGGGUGUGGUGGCGUUUUCCCUCAGUUUGGAGCUGUUUGCCUGGCUGGGUCGUAGACUCAGACCUGUAAGGAGCUGCAAUGAGGUCCUGUUCUUUCCCUCAGAAUUGGCCUGUGUGGAGCGCAUCUUCAAUCCCACUUCACCUUUCACCUGUCUGUGUUCUUUGCCUCAUGAUGUCGAGACGUCAUUCUCCCGUCUCCUCCGGCACAUCCUGUCUGCUUCCUCCUCCCUGGACUUGUGUGUGUUUGCCUUUUCUAACAUGGACCUGGGCAGGGCCAUACUAGUGCUGCACAGCAAGGGCGUCACCAUCCGAGUCCUCACUGACAAGGACUACGCUGCCAUCAAUGGUUCCCAGAUAGGGGUCCUCCGCAAGGCCGGGAUCUGUGUGCGCUGUGACGUGGGCUCCGUGUACAUGCAUCACAAGUUUGCAGUGGUUGACGGCCGGCUGCUCAUCACAGGCUCCCUCAACUGGACGCUGCAAGCGGUGCAGGGCAACAUGGAGAACAUCAUCAUCACUGAUGAGCCGGAUCUGCUCCAUCCAUUCAUCAAGGAGUUCAACAGGUUAUGGGUGCUCAAUGAUCCAGCUCAACACCACAGACCAGCUCACUGCUAAAGUUAAUUACUGAUGAGUUGGGAUCAGUGUGGACUCAAAGCUCUUGAACUUUGAGGUAGACUGUGUUCUUUAAAAUAAUUGUAUUUAGUUCAGACACUUAAGUAGCCACAUAAUUUAACAUUUUCUUGUUUCUCUGUGGAGUUGUUCAAAUGACGUUUCAUGGCAGGCUUUUAAACUGUUUACAUCAGAAAAACAAAAACCUGAUUUGACUUAGAGUAAUGUGACUUGCCAGGUUAGGUGUUGUUUUUUCUUAUUUACCACAGAGCUAAUGGCCUGUAGUUGUUUGUAGUUGAGAAUGCGGUAAAGAUGUGAUCACAUCUGCAUUGUAACUUUUCAUUUCCUAAGAAGAUACUUCUGUUUGUGUUAAGAAAACUUAAAGAAAAACUGAUUUUAAAGAAAAGUUAAUUUUUUUUACAUUUGUUAAGACUGACGGGGCUUUUGCCAUUAUUUGAUUUGAUAGCUGGAGAAAGACUGGAAUUAUUGGGAAAGACAUACCCCAAACAGUGUGAGGACUGGGAUUUGAUUCUGUGACUGACUUGUCUAGAGCUGUAGCUUCUGUAUAUGGGCGCCUGCACAACCAGCUGAGCUAACCAGCACCCAAAUUAUCAUAUUUGUUAAAUUAGAUCAAAGUAAUGACCCUUUUGAUGGUCAUUAUGUUAUCAGCAACGUAUUACAUGCUGCAUUUCCUUUUUGAAACAAGGGAUAAUCCAGGAUUGUUAUAGUCUUGAGAAAUAAGAGAUUAUCUGGACUAGUUAGGAAUUUGAGUUUGAUGCCAAAAAUUGAACAAACACGCCUCAGUUCACCUCAUACAGCAUUAAAAGUAGGUUUUAAAUCCAGAGUAUUAUUUUGGGUGUGCCUUUGUGGUUUCAGGCGCUAUUAUGUUAGUCAAGCACCAAUAAAAACUUUUCACUCUGCA